UGACAGGUGUUCCUAGAAUAAGCCUCACUUCAUCACCAACUUUGAAGGAUGAAAAUGUUAGGGGCAUGGUUGGUGUUUAGUAUUUAUAUUUCUUAUGGAAUAUGCCACACAGCGAUAAAUUUAGAUGAAUUUCCCGAGUGUGUAAUAGCAGAUAAAAUAGAUCAGUCAUUACACCAUAUCAACAGAUGUGAGGACCCCGAAAACAUGUUAGACACACCCGACGGCAGCUAUGAAAAAGAACGAUCAGUUUGCAAAUGCCCUGGUGAUACAAUAUGUCAUGAAACUGGUGGAACGGGGAAUUCAAAAGUUUACUACUGCAAGAAAUUUAUACCUAAAGCGUCCGGAACUAGUGGUCUUAAUUUGGAUGAGCCAAAAAACAAAACGGCGACACAGGAUUGAAUCACAUGAACUAUAGUUUUAUGGAAUUUCAAUAUUUGGGUAUUUGUAUUGCUUGAUAAAGGUGUAACUGCAUCUUCAGCACUGUGUGGGACUUAUACAUUAAAUAUAUAUUUUUUCAAUAUCAGAUAGUAUUUCUUUGAAUUUGAAAUUUAAAUGCAUGUAUUGUUGUUUAAAUUUUAAACUUUUAUAUAGAUAUUGAUAUCAAUAACAUAAUGGAAGAUAUUAUUACACUGUUGACAUCAAAGAUCUGAAUCUGUUUCUCAAUAUUCACAUUGUUUUCAAUUCCCCCAAAACAACUGCAUGUUAAUGAGAUUUAAAUAUAUCAAGAAAAAUAACCGGUGGCAUUAAAGUACUUUUUAAACUGA